CUCAUUCCUCUCCAGCCUUCAGCGAAGCCACAACUUUCUGGAGCAUGGACUGAACGAGCCCUUCUCGCCCGCUCUCCGCUCUGAGCUCCCUGGGCUGCUGGGCUUCUGCUCUUUGCCGUUUGCUCGGCCUUUUUCCUUCUCCUUCGCCGCCGCCGCCGGCUCCUACUUGGACUCCCGCUCCUCCUCCCCGUCUCUCCACCCUCCCCUUCCCCUUUAGCCAACAUGCCUUCCUUCCCGUGGCCCUGGAAGGAGCUGCCUGCCUGAAGGAGACGCGGAAUCGCAGCCCCAGCCUCAGCCUCUCCAGCCUCGCCAGCUGCAUCGGGCCGCCGCCGGUGCCCCAAGUUCGGAGGAGGCAGAUCCGUCUUCGCUCCCUCGCUCGCUCCUUCGCUUGCUCGCGCUCUCGGGUCUCUCUCCAGCCCUGGCUCUGCUGCUCUAGGCCUGGGGCAGCGAGCGGAGCGGGAGCCACUGGAGCUGCUACUCACACUGCUGGCUGGCUGGCCGGCCAGCCGGCGGGCUGCUCGAGCCCGCUCAUUAGGGCUAGCCCUCGGACCUCGGACCCUCCCGGACUCCCCCGGCCUCUGGGGCAUUCCCUCUCUCCAGUCCCCAGCUCUCUCCCCACCCCCCCAUUCCGGCCCCCAGCGCCUUCCUCUGCCCGGACUCUGCUACCUUGUUACUUUUCAUUUGGAGUGAUUGGUUGUUUCCUGGGGGGUGGGGGGAAAGGACUUUGGGUGGGGGUGAGAGGGGGAGUGGAGGAAAGAAGAAGAAAAGUGAAAAGAAGGGGGGAAAGGCAAAGGGAAGAAAAGAAACUUAUUUAACAAGUUCAUCGCCGCUGCCUCCUCCCUUUCGAUGUGCGUUUUUGGACAUGCGGAGGCUUUUGGAACCGUGUUGGUGGAUCUUUUUCUUGAAAAUCACCAGCUCCGUGCUCCAUUAUGUCGUUUGUUUCCCGGCUCUGACAGAGGGCUAUGUUGGAGCUCUCCAUGAAAACAGGCAUGGCAGCUCAGUGCAGAUCCGCCGGCGGAAAGCAUCUGGAGACCCUUACUGGGCAUAUUCGGGAACCUACGGUCCUGAACACUGGGUUACAUCAAGUGUGAGUUGUGGCGGCCGUCACCAAUCCCCAAUAGAUAUUUUAGAUCAUCAAGCACGAGUUGGGGAUGAAUACCAGGAGUUGCAGCUGGAUGGUUUUGAUAAUGAAUCCUCCAACAAAACAUGGAUGAAAAACACAGGGAAAACAGUGGCUAUUCUUCUGAAAGAUGACUAUUUUAUCAGUGGCGCGGGACUGCCGGGCAGAUUCAAAGCAGAAAAAGUCGAAUUCCACUGGGGCCAUAGCAAUGGUUCAGCCGGCUCUGAGCACAGCAUCAAUGGCAGAAGAUUCCCUGUCGAGAUGCAGAUUUAUUUUUACAACCCUGAUGACUUUGACAGCUUUCAGACAGCAAUUUCUGAAAAUCGAAUAAUAGGAGCCAUGGCUGUAUUUUUUCAGGUCAGUCAGAGGGACAAUCCAGCUCUGGAUCCUAUCAUCCAUGGAUUGAAGGGUGUCGUCCAUCAUGAAAAGGAAACCUUUCUGGAUCCCUUUGUCCUUCGGGACCUCCUGCCAGCAUCCCUAGGAAGCUAUUACCGCUACACCGGUUCCUUGACCACCCCGCCAUGUAGUGAAAUUGUCGAGUGGAUUGUCUUCCGGAGGCCUGUUCCCAUCUCUUACCAUCAGAUGGAGGCCUUCUAUUCCAUCUUUACUACGGAACAGCAAGAUCAUGUCAAAUCUGUGGAAUAUCUGAGGAAUAACUUCCGACCAGAGCAGAACCUCAAUGACAGGGUGGUGUCCAAGUCAGCCGUCAAAGAUGCCUGGAGUCAUGACAUGACCGACCUGGAAAAUCCACUGGGAACUGAAGCCUCCAAAGUUUGUAGCACUCCACCAGUCAAUAUGAAAGUUCAUCCAGUAAACCGGACAGCCUUGCUGGUGACCUGGAGCCAGCCAGAGACCAUCUACCACCCUCCACUCAUGAACUACAUGAUCUCCUACAGCUGGACAAAAAACGAAGAUGAAAAGGAAAAGACAUUUACCAAGGAUAGUGACAAAGACUUGAAAGCCAUCAUUAGCCAUGUUUCACCCGAUAGCCUUUAUCUCUUCAGAGUUCAGGCUAUAUGCAGAAAUGACAUGCGCAGUGAUUUUAGCCAGACCAUGUUGUUUCAAGCCAAUACCACUCGAAUAUUCCAAGGGACCCGAAUUGUUAAAACAGGAGUGCCGACAGCUUCUCCUGCUUCUUCCGCCGACAUGGCCCCCAUCAGUUCUGGUUCUUCCACUUGGACUUCAUCAGGCAUCCCCUUCUCAUUUGUUUCAAUGGCUACUGGAAUGGGCCCAUCCUCGAGCGGAAGCCAAGCAACUGUGGCCUCGGUGGUGACCAGCACCCUGCUCGCCGGCCUCGGCUUUAGCGGCGGUGGCAUCUCUUCCUUCCCCAGCACCGUGUGGCCCACCCGCCUCCCAACAGCAGCUUCUGCCAGCAAACAGUCUGCCAGACCCGUGGUAGCCACGACAGAGGCUUUGUCUUCUCCGGCGCCAGAAGGCGAUUCUGCCCUGACCAAGGACAGCGAAGGCACCGAGGAAGGGGAAAAGAAUGAGAAGAGUGAGAGCGAGGAUGGUGAAAGGGAGCACGAGGAAGAGGGGGAGAAAGAUUCAGAAAAGAAGGAAAAGAGUGGAGUGACCCACAGCACAGAGGUCCAGAGCAGAACCAAGCCCACCCUGGCACCCACUUCUCCUAAUCGAACUGCAGAGGAGGACAGAAAUGAAACUAUAGCUGGCCAAGAGCCAGACCCCAACGUCCUCCCUACAGAUCAGACUGAUGAGAGAAGAGAACCAGUAACCAAACCCAGCACGGACCCUGUCACCUCCACCCAAGUGCCCUCCAUGGUCACGGGCGAACAUUAUGUCGGAAAGGGUCCCAAGAGACCGGAGACGCCAUCCAAAAAGCCGAGCUCCCGAGGGGACCGAUUUCCAGAUGAUAAGUUCAUCACUGUAAAUCCAGACAAAAACACAUCUAGCAUGGUGACCCGAGCUUCUCCUGGGAGGAUGGACUGGAUUAUCCCCUUGAUCGUAGUGUCUGCUCUGACCUUUGUGUGCCUCGUUCUUCUAAUUGCUGUGCUAGUUUAUUGGAGAAAGUGUUUCGAAACGGCUCAUUUCUAUGUGGAAGAUAGCAGCUCCCCCAGGGUGGUCCCCAAUGAGAGCAUUCCUAUCAUCCCUAUUCCAGAUGACAUGGAAGCCAUUCCUGUUAAGCAGUUUGUUAAACAUAUCAGUGAGCUCUAUUCUAAUAACCAGCAUGGAUUCUCUGAAGACUUUGAGGAAGUACAACGUUGUACUGCUGAUAUGAACAUCACGGCCGAACAUUCCAAUCACCCAGAUAACAAGCACAAAAACAGAUACAUCAACAUUUUAGCAUAUGACCACAGUCGAGUGAAGUUAAGGCCUUUACCAGGAAAAGACUCUAAGCACAGUGACUACAUUAAUGCAAACUACGUCGAUGGCUACAACAAAGCAAAAGCCUAUGUGGCCACACAGGGACCUCUCAAGUCAACAUUUGAAGAUUUUUGGAGGAUGAUUUGGGAGCAGAACACUGGAAUCAUCAUCAUGAUCACAAAUCUUGUGGAAAAAGGAAGGAGAAAAUGUGACCAGUACUGGCCAACAGAGAAUAGUGAGGAAUAUGGAAACAUUAUCGUCACCCUGAAGAGCACAAAAGUUCAUGCCUGCUAUACUGUCCGUCGUUUUUCAGUCAGAAAUACUAAAGUGAAAAAGGGUCAGAAGGGAAACCCUAAGGGUCGCCAGAAUGAAAGAAUUGUGAUCCAGUAUCACUACACCCAGUGGCCUGACAUGGGAGUGCCGGAAUACGCCCUCCCUGUGCUGACAUUCGUGAGGAGGUCGUCGGCAGCCAGGACGCCAGACAUGGGGCCCGUACUCGUCCACUGCAGUGCUGGAGUGGGCAGGACAGGCACCUACAUUGUCAUAGACAGCAUGCUACAGCAAAUAAAAGACAAAAGCACAGUUAACGUCCUGGGAUUCUUGAAACACAUCAGGACGCAGCGUAACUACCUCGUCCAGACGGAGGAGCAGUACAUUUUCAUUCACGAUGCCUUGUUGGAAGCCAUUCUGGGAAAGGAGACAGAAGUCGCCUCUAAUCAGCUACAUAGCUACGUCAACAGUAUCCUCAUCCCUGGCGUGGGAGGGAAGACGCGUCUAGAAAAGCAGUUCAAGCUGGUCACACAAUGUAACGCAAAAUACGUUGAGUGUUUCAGUGCACAGAAGGAAUGUAACAAGGAGAAGAACAGAAACUCAUCUGUUGUGCCAGCUGAGCGUGCCAGAGUGGGGCUUGCACCCUUGCCUGGAAUGAAAGGGACAGAUUACAUAAAUGCAUCCUACAUCAUGGGCUAUCAUAGGAGCAACGAAUACAUCAUAACCCAGCACCCUCUGCCACACACCACGAAAGACUUCUGGCGGAUGAUAUGGGAUCAUAACGCGCAGAUCAUCGUCAUGUUGCCAGACAACCAGAGCUUGGCAGAAGACGAGUUUGUAUACUGGCCGAGUCGGGAAGAAUCUAUGAACUGUGAGGCCUUUACCGUGACCCUCAUUAGCAAAGACAGAUUGUGCCUCUCUAAUGAAGAGCAAAUCAUCAUCCAUGACUUUAUCCUCGAAGCGACACAGGAUGACUACGUCCUAGAAGUGCGACACUUCCAGUGUCCCAAGUGGCCCAAUCCAGAUGCCCCGAUAAGCAGCACCUUUGAACUGAUCAACGUCAUCAAAGAGGAGGCCUUAACAAGGGAUGGGCCCACCAUUGUUCACGAUGAGUACGGAGCAGUUUCAGCAGGAAUGCUAUGUGCUCUCACCACACUGUCUCAACAGUUGGAGAAUGAAAAUGCUGUGGAUGUUUUCCAGGUAGCCAAGAUGAUCAAUCUUAUGAGGCCUGGAGUCUUCACAGACAUUGAACAGUACCAGUUUGUCUACAAAGCAAUGCUCAGCCUGGUCAGCACUAAAGAAAACGGAAACGGUCCCAUGACCGUGGACAAAAACGGCGCUGUGCUGAUCGCCGACGAGUCAGACCCUGCCGAGAGCAUGGAGUCUCUAGUGUGAUUGGAAUCCUGAAGAGGCACUUGAUUUGUAGAACGAAGGAAGACUGAGAGAACUUUUUUGAGGCCUUUUUUGCCAGACUCUAGGUUAUACAAUAACCCAGUUACUUUUUUACACUGAUAAAAAGUUUUGAUAUUUAUUUUUUGCCAUUUUAUGUCUUAAUGGUAUCCUACUGAGCAUUUGCACCUCUGUUUAUUUCACACAGUGAAACACAAUUUUAUCUCGUUUGCACUAUCUGAUCAGUGUUACUGCCUAUAAUAUCUUACUACAAAAGCGACCCCUGGUCUGACAUUCCAUGGCGACAUAUUGCUACUUUUAGUUCCAUACAGUGAUGGUUUUUGUUAAUGACAGUGAGCCUUGAGUCGUUGAUUUGUGAAUGCUGAACCAAUCCCAUUCUUUUUAAUGAACAGCGCUGUACUUGUCCCCAGCCCCCUCCCUUACUCCUCCAAUCACUUUGGUCGAUAUCGUAUGCCUUUUGUAGUUCAGUAGAGUGGAUGAACACUGUUGUUGCCGUGUUGGUUUGUUUUGUUUUGUUUUCAGACUUUAGCAGGGGAUUGGUAGCCAUGUAUAUGAACAAGGUGUAAUUGCCUCCUGGGCAUUAAAUGAUUCCUUUUGUGGUAGCUCAGAUUUCCACUGGGAUAGCUUGGAGGCGUGGUAGCUGCUUCAUAUGUCCUUCACUUACCAUUGGCAAAGUGUGCAAAACCACGUGGGACAUAGGCAGCAGGUUAUGGACUCCACUUCAGAAUUCACAGUUAUGUCCAAAUAAAGGCUAACGUUACUUUCUGGUUUUUACGGCAGCCGUGUGGAUUGUAAUGUUUGUUCUAUCCAUCAUAAUGAUCUGAAUCAGCAACACAGUAAAAUCAGGGCUGUCUUUAAAAAAAUAGAGGUAGCAAUAUUUUACAUAACCGCGCUAUUGAGUACCUUUAAUUCCUUUACAUUAAUGCUUCUUGACCAUGACAUCACCCCCAGUGGGAUGUUGUUGAAUGAAAUGAACAUUUCCUUAAUCUCACUUAUUGCCAUUUUUGCAGGUGUGUAAUUUUGAAACGAGUGCUCAGAAGUAAAGUACUGAUCCAUAUUCCUGGUGACGCAAUCUAAUAAAAACUACCUACCAAGUUAGCAUUCUCCUUCUUUUCUUGCCAAACUUUUCCUGAUAAAUCUCGUAGUUGACAUAACCCCUUCCAAAUAAGAUCUGAUCUUUUUUCCUAUCAUUUAAAGGUUCUUAGUCUCAUUUUAAGAUGAAAACACUGAGUUGGCAAAAGUUGGGAACUUGGAGUUGGUUGUUGGAACUCCCACAUUUGAGGUUAGCAAUGAAUCUGUAAUUACGGAGCAAAAGCAGACAUUGUGCAGACACACACAUGUGUGUGAAUGUAUACUUACAUCUUCGUGACUGAGACUGAUAUUCUCAACCGUGGCCAAGAGAAGCCUAUUUUGUUUGAUAGAUCUUGGACUGUGCUCAUUCUUUGAAACACAAUAGGAUUUUUGCCUUAAUGGGAAAAUGAAGAGAGUUAAGAUAGUUCUGUAAACUGUUAGGUGGGAAAACCCAAUUAUACUUAGGAGGAUCCAAUUGAUUUUAUUUGCAUGCAUGCAUAUAAUAGAGAUAGCUACUCUGAAAAUGGGGAGCUAGCCUCAGAAACACUGGGUCUGGUAAGAAUAAGUUCUAUGUUUAAGAAAACGCUGAACCCACAGACAAGGAUAUCUAAGUCCUUGUGGCCAGGCACUUGAGAACAUGAAGUGAUUAUCAAACUCACUUCAAUUUGACUUUAUCAGAAGGCCAACCAUAUAGUUAUGGUAUGGAGAGUUGCUUAAGGAAUAACAUGGUGGUGGGCUGAACCCCAAAGUGUCAGCAUUUGGAUGGCACUUUCCUAAGUGAAACAGCUUUUCAGCCAUUCACUUACAAGCACUGAUGAGGCAUGCCUCCUGAUCUGACCAUCAUACAAGCCUCGACGAGAAUGAUCAUUACACCAGUAUGGAGGUCUGUCCUGCAGAGGCUUCCUUUGACGUUACUGCCUCCUUGUUCUGCAUAUGACAGGUAGAUUCGGAGACAUUUUACAACUCCCGCUAUUGCCAUUGAAAUUGGCACUGGGAAAUCCCAACUAGUGGUGUGAGGAAGUUGGACCAUUGGAUGUUUUAUGUUCUUUGCUGGAAAUCAGAGGUCCUUCAGAGGCCUGUGAAGAGGGGAGAGGCUCAAAUCAUGGUAAGAUCCAGAGAUUUGAGUCCAUUGAGUUAUUCCAUUUUUGGAGUUUUAGAGCACGUUUGCUUUCCGUGGGCUCCUGCUCAUUUUAGUGUUGGUUUAGCAGAGAAGGUCACAACAGGAAAUGGAAAUGGGGGUGAUUGCCUCAUUUUGGGGCCUCCCUCUUAACCCUCCCCCCUCCCCCAUCCCUUUAUGAAAUAAUGUUAGAGCUAGGAAUCAUUUUCAUUUUCAUUGAUUGUAUUGGUAAAAGUGAAUGUUGGGUGUCAAUAGAAAAAAAUACAUAGAAAGUAUUCAUUUCCAUGUUAUUUAGUAAGGGCUCAAUUCAUGGAAAAUAACUUUCAUCUAAGUUUUGUUGACCUUGGUCGUUGCUUACCUUGUGUCAAAAGAAAGAGCUGGUGAAGCAUAGGCUAGAAACUACAUUCAAAGGGAAAUUCAGAAGUUCUUGGGAAUGAAUCAGGCAAUGUCUGAAGCAGAACUGAACCAAAGUCUGCAAGAUCCCAAUCCACUCUGAGUUACUGCUCUUUGUCUCGCCAAAGUAGUUCAUAUACUUUUUCACAGGAAGAUAGGAGUGUCCGUCCAACUCUUUCCCACUUCAACUGCUAAAUACACAAGUUUCUACUAUCUUCCCAGGAGCAGAGAGUCUCAAAGAAUGCAUCCAUGUUCAUUCUUUGAGACAUAAGCACAUGGCUUAACUACAGAACAAGGUUAUUAUCACUUGCACUCAGGGGGAAAAGAAAUAGCUAUUGCAAAUUCAUGCAUGCUGAACUAUAUGAGAAGCUCUUUGGUGAAUUUAAGCCCUAAGGAAACAGUAUACACCCAUCACACAAAACUGAAUUAGAAUGAUCAGACCAAUUGGCUAUGGAUUCUGGACACCUGAGAAGUGGCAUUCUCAGCAUUUAAGAAUAUUUUUUCAUUUGAAAGUCACAUUUCUCCUUUUACAUUUCAAAAGGCUAGCUUACCAGUAGGGUUUUGGAAAGAAUGAUGUUAGUUGGUUUUUCCUGAUUUUUAAGUCCUUUGGAGUCCAUUCCAAGCAGCUGGAUCAGAGAAGGUUAUUUUCUCAAUGGUCCUGAUCACAUGAGAUGUUAGCCCAGGCUGAUGUUUUAGAACCUGAAAAAUAACCUGAACUAUUUUUAAAUGACACAGCACAACUGCCCGGCUUAGAAUUUCUUUGCUCUUUUUUUUUUAAACUGAUAUAUUUAAGAGUUAAAAUAGAGAUACCAGUUUUACCAAAGAUACAUAUUACUAAUUCUCAGCAAAAAAAUAAAAUAAAACAACAAAAACCCACCAUAAUUUAAAGAAGGAAAAUUGAAACAUAGUUUGUCUUAAAGAUUUAGCAGUCAUGCUUUAAAAUGCAUUUCCAACUCCUGUGUUCUGAAGUUUCUAUUCCCUUGGUGCCAGUGAAUUUGUAUAUGAAGGGAAAAUGCCUGCUUUUUUUUUCUUUAACAGCUGUAACUAGAUUUCUUGCUAAACUUUUGAAUUUGCCCUAAGUUGUCAUUCAACGUGAGACAUUGGCUUUGCUGAUCUCUAGGGAGAAGACAUGAAAAAACUGAGAGAUGGAAUUGUAAUAAAAAUAUUUGGCCCUCGACUUUGUCUUAGCUGUUAAAAAAAACUGUUUUUAGUAUUUUUGUUAAAUAUUUGCAAAGGGAAACAUUUUCUACAGAGGAUUAAUUAAUUUCAAGAAAAAUAUCUUGAGUUUUAAGAAUAAACAUGUCUCCAGAAGAGGAGACCAUCAAUUUUAUAAGCUGUCACGACUCUCCCAACAUUUGGGGAAGUGACUCUUUUUGUUAAGACAUUUGAAACUAGCGAGCAGCCAUUGUUUCUAAAGAACUCGGCCUUCAUGUUGACUCACGUUUCUUUGACUUCAUUUUGAAAUAGCAGAAAUCAUUAAAACUGUAAAUAUUUUGUUGCUUGGAUAAGCAUCUUCUGGGAACUUUGUAUCUAUGGUAUAUAAUCAUAGAAUUUUAUAUUUUCAUAUAAAGCUGAUUUUUUUCUAGUUUCAACUCCUUCAUAGUUUUUUUGUGGUGGAUAUGUGAAUGCAGCCUUUCUGUGUACUGAAAGUAGCACGGACCAUCAUCACAUUCCAAAAGAAUCCAACGCCAUGUUCUUUCUUUGGGGCAGUGAUUGUGAAAGUUGGAUUUUCUUUUUCAUUCCAUUGUCAGAGGGCAAUAGGAAUUAGGCCUAAUCAGUCAUUAAACACGUCUGUUGCAUUGGACCCAUUUUGGAAAAAGUGGUGUUUUGUUUUGGGGUUUUUUCCAUUUUGUUUUUGGGGUUUUUUGUAACUUGAAGAAUUACUUUUUUUGGUUCUGUUUAAAACUAUAUCAAAUCAUUCUAUGAUAGUGUUAUUUAAUAUGUAAAUUGUAUUGCUAUACAUAAAAUAAAGUAUG